AUGCGGCUUCCGAUAUUCGCUCUCGCGUUUGCUAUCUGCAAGGCAGCAACGUUGCCUCUCCAGGGUCAAGAUUCCGCAACUGCCUUGGGAAUCCUCAAUGGGUCUAUCCCGGCUAGCGACGAUGGUUGGAGAUCAGGACCUCGUGAGCCAAUCAACAAUGUCAUGGAUCGAUUUCCCGGCAUGCAUAUUCUUGAGCAUACACCCCAGCACAUAGCACAUAGGGACAUGCCUAUGUGCGCCAAUGUCGUCAUGCCGACCGGGGCCGCCGGCGGCGCCGGCGAGACGUUAGCAGAUGGCAAAUCGAUGGCAGCGGGAGUCGGGGACGUUUCGACUGCCGCGCUCGCCGUAGCAAUCGCGGCUCUAGUCAUCUAG